AUGGAUUCAUUUUCUUUAAUGUGUAUUUUAGGCUUAAUAGUCAUUGUGGGUAAUAGUCACGUUGCAAGUGCACAAGACUAUCCAGAAGAUUACCUGAACCUCCACAAUGAGGCAAGAUCAGCACUAUCUGGUUGGAAUAUGUCAGAUCUUGUUUGGGAUGACGACCUUGCUGCUUACGCACAAAAUUUUUCUAAUCAUCGCAAGGAUUGUAAAAUCGUGUCCUCCAACACUAAUGGUCAUCUUUAUGGAGAGAAUAUCGCGGUGAGCACCGGCAACAUGAGUGGCAAGGAAGCAGUGAAGUUGUGGGUGGAUGAAGCACCCCACUAUAACGGUUACCUUAACCGUUGUGAGGGCGGUGAAUGUACUCAUUAUACACAAGUGGUUUGGAAGAGAUCGAAAUUUAUUGGAUGUGGGAAAGUGAAAUGUAAUAAUGGAGGGACGUUCGUUAUUUGCAAUUAUGAUCCUCCUGGUAACAUUGGAGGAGAAUAUCCAUUCAUGGAAUAG